AUUGAUAUUUUUUGUCAAACAGUUUAACAUCACAUUGUUCACAAGCCUUUUUAAAGUACCUUCUGCUCCCCUGACAGCUGCGGUCUAUGUAGUAAGUGAGGAGCCCAGAGACUGUAGGAACAAAUCAAACUGUUGAUGACAACUUGUUUUCCUCUUGGUUAAAGGCACAGAUGAGGAGGGGCCAGGCCAACAAUAGCUGACCCAAUAACAUCCAGGGGACCCCAGAGAGGGAGGACAGAGACAGUUCAGCAGCUUUUCACACAAACAACUUCUGCAUCUCAUCUAAAGGAGGUCUGAUUGUCAGCAGGGACAGGAAGGACCAUUAAAUUGCUCCAUGAGGAAAUCGGGGGCCAUGGUGCUGACGGCACUCCAUGUUCAAGUACUGGUCUUUGGUGUUGUUGUUGGAGUAAAGCUACAAUCUCAGGACAGCCAGAUGAAGCCAGCCCAGGUACCUUUGAGACCCCAUUGGCCUUUUGUUGUAAUCUGGAAUGCUCCUACUGAGUCCUGUCACAUUCAAUUCAAGGUGGACCUUGACCUCAGCGCUUUCAAGAUUGUAGCAAACCUUAACGAAACACUCAAUGGACCAAAUAUUACAAUAUUCUACCACAGGCACCUGGGAUACUAUCCAUACUACUCCAACUCAGGGCUCCCCAUCAAUGGUGGAUUGCCGCAGAACCAGAGCAUCUUCAAACACCUCAAUAAGGCCCGGGCCGACAUUGACAAGCUGAUCCCUCAUAAGGAUUUUCGAGGCCUGGGUGUUAUUGACUGGGAGAACUGGAGGCCACUGUGGGUCCGAAAUUGGGGUACCAAGGACAUUUACCGCAACAAAUCCAAAGAGCAAAUCCGGAAACUUCACCCAAACUGGCCAGAGAGCAGGGUGGAGAAGGAGGCAAAGGAAAGUUUUGAGAUGGCUGGGCAGACCUUCAUAAACUUGACUUUGGCCAUGGCUAAAGGUCGCAGGCCGGAUGGGCUGUGGGGCUUUUACCUGUUCCCAGAGUGCUACAAUUAUGAGUACAAACAGCACCCACAGCAGUACACUGGUAAAUGCCCCAAUCUCGAGCACCUAAGAAAUGACCAUCUGAUGUGGCUCUGGAAAGAGAGCACGGCCCUCUACCCAUCCAUCUACCUGGACUACGAGCUCAAGUCCUCCCCCAACACUGUCAAGUUUGUCCACUAUCGAGUCAAGGAAGCCAUGAGGAUUGCAUCAAUUUCCCGUAUGGACUACACAUUGCCCGUGUUUGUCUACGCAAGACCUUUCUAUGCCUACACGUUUGUGGUCCUUUCAGAGGGCGACCUGGUGCACACCAUUGGAGAGAGCGCCGCCUUAGGAGUGUCAGGAGUCGUCCUCUGGGGAUCAUCAGAGUAUGCCCAAUCACAGCGGAACUGCCUAACUCUGAAGAAGUACAUUGAUGGUCCACUGGGACAUUAUGUCAUUAACGUCACCUAUGCCGCCAAGCUGUGCAGCAAACCCUUGUGUAUGAAGAAUGGCAGGUGCAUCCGUAAGAGACUGGACUCAGGCGCUUACCUGCACCUGAACCCACGCUCCUUCCACAUCCACCACAAGCUGGUGCCCAGGGGCCCCCAAUUAUAUGUCAGCGGUCAACUCAACAACCAUGACAUCCUAGACAUGAAGUACAAGUUCACCUGCCAGUGUUAUCAAGGCUGGACAGGUGUUCACUGUGAGAUGCCCCGGGCUAUGCCCCGCCCUCCUCCUCUCAUCUCAGCCCGCCGUCCCUCUGCCUCAUAUCUGUGA